AAACCAGGGGUUUAAAGCAUGAAGGUUCAGCUUUAGAGUUGAGAGUUACAAUACAUCACUAUGUUCACGCUGUCUGAGCUGUGGUCCGGCGGUCAGCGUCAGGGUAGUUAUAAGUUGCUGAAGCCGUGGUGGGAGGUCUUCAUGGACUACCUGCUGGUGCUCAUGCUGAUGGUGUCCAUCCUCGCUGGGACGCUCCAGCUGUCAAGGGACGGAGUCGUGUGCGUCCCUGUACACUCCUCUUCCAUCAACUACAGCUCUCCCAUGGAGCCUGUGUCUGAUUCUAUCUUUAGAAGCCCACCAGAUUCACCCAAGAUCCCUGUGAAGGGGCGACGUACCAACCUUGACUUCCAGCAGUACAUCUACAUCAGCCAGGUUUGCUAUCACGAGGCGUUGCCCUGGUACUCAAGGUUUUUACCAUAUGUGACGCUGCUCCAUACGCUGGUUCUCCUGGCCAGCGGCUGCUUCUGGUUCCACUUCCCGCUCACAUCUGCUCGCAUCGAGCACUUCCUAUCGCUUCUUGCCAAAUGUUGCGAAUCGCCCUGGACAACAAGGGCACUUUCUCUUACAGCCAAACUGGACACACGUUUCUCUGAGACAGAACAAGCAGUGCAACCCAAAGUUCAGGUAACAUCUUCGUACAAAACGCGCAAGUCAAGUCUGGACUCGGGGACGGACAGCCCUUUGUUGGCGGGGACUGAUAGUGCGUCCACUACAACACAACCGUCUCCCUCAACGUUGUCUCAUUGCUCAACGCUCUCUGCUAUGUCACUCACGGAGCCGGUUUUGCCUGUGCAAGUCGUUCCGGACACUUCCAGACAGGGAGCCACAUUGGACCGCAGUGACAGAGAGCUGGCCAGAGCGCUGUUCGAGAGAGUGCGCAGGUUUCGUGCUCACUGCGAGAGUUCAGAUGUUAUCUAUAAGGUGUACACUGCUCAGACGGUGUUCAAGGUUCUAAAGUUUAUUUUGAUUGUGAGCUACACCACUCCUCUCCUGGGCUCAAUCUCCUUUAGUCACAUCUGCCAACCUCGCUCUUACACUCUGACCGGCUACAGCAUCUUCCAUUGCAGUCACUCGCUGUCCUCUGUCCUGCGCAAGCUAAUGCAGGCCUACGUCUUGCUGCUCUUUCUGUUCGGUCUGCUGGGCAUCUAUGCCCUGUCCUGGAUCUUCCACAAGUCUUUGAGGCAGUACUCUUUCCAGAGUCUACGUGAGAAAGGAUCCAUGCUAGAUGUACCAGACCUUCAUAAUGACCUCGCCUUCCUCUUGCACAUGGCCGACCAGUACGACCCUCUACUAGCCCAGCGCCUGUCUGUCUUCCUCUCACCAGUCAGCGAGACUCGACUGCUGGAAGAAAGUCUGGAGCGUCGCUGGGGAGCUGAUCGCUUGCGGUCAAUGAUCACGUCUGACCAGCAGGGACGCUCUCUGCUGCAGCUCGUGGCCCUUCCUCGCCUGCCAGCGGCGCUGUUCACCUUCAGCCAGCUAGAGGUGUUGAAGUUGGAACUUAUUGGAGACGCCAAACUGACAGCACAAAUAUCUAACAUGACCGCACUCAGAGAGAUGCACCUUUACCACUGCACUGCAUCAGUGGAGCCUGCAGCACUGCAGCACCUUCAGGAACAUCUAGAGACUUUACAUCUAACUUUCACCCAAGCUGCAGAGAUCCCAGUCUGGAUUUAUUCCCUCCGUGGCCUUCAAGAGCUGCACCUCACUGGGAGGUUGAGCAAUGAAGGUGGGAUGGGGCGCGGAUGGGUCCUUGGCAGCCUUCGACAACUGCGUCAUCUCCGCGUCUUGGUGCUGCGCGGUAUGCUGCAGAAAGUUCCAGGGGAGCUGAGCGAAUUGGCAGGGAGUCUGCUAAAACUGGAGAUAUAUAACGAGGGCACCAGGAUAUUGGUACUUGCGGGAUUGAGGCGUUUGACUGGACUGGCAGAAGUGCAACUGCAAGGAUGCCAGUUGGAGAGGCUGCCAUCAGCGCUUCUGGCGCUUACAGGUCUACGCAGUUUGGACCUGCAACACAACAGUCUGCGUACUCUAGAAGAGCUGUUAGGAUUGCAGCAUCUGCGGCGUCUGUCCUGCCUACGACUCGCACAUAACCGCGUUCUGGCUCUUCCGGCCAGUGUAGGAGUGCUACGCUCACUGGAGCUCUUGGAUUUGGCACACAAUCAGCUGCAAAACCUACCUUUGGCGCUCUUUACGCUGCAUAAGCUGCGACGCCUGCUUUUGGCAGGAAACCUUUUGGAAGAGUUGCCAGCUGAAAUCGGAGCUUUUAAGCUUCUUAGCGAACUAGACCUGAGCGCCAACAGGCUUGAACAUCUCCCCAAGGAACUGUUUGAAAGUUGUGUAGAGCUUCGCAACUUGAAUGUUUCGAAUAACUCUCUAGGGUCUUUGCCCGCUGGUUUUGGUGGCCUGACUCAGCUUUCGCGUCUGGAUCUACGGGGAAAUAGUCUAGAGGAACUGCCAGUCGAGCUGGGGUGUUGUUUUGGGCUUAGUGGAGGCGGUUUGCUAGUGGAAAACUGGCUGUUGCACACCCUACCUCGGCAGGUCAGGGAUGUCCUACAGCAGCCUCGCUCUUGCCCUUCUUCUGAACCUCCAUCACGACCUAAUUCUGACUGCUUUCCUACCUUUUCAGCUGCACAGUGGAGCUUCCACUCCGCACUGGAAUCUCGGAUAUAAAACAUCAGCUUCAGACUGAACUCAUGAACAAUAUUUAACUAAUAUUACUAAAACGAGUCUGGAAAAGCCAGUCUUUUGCCAAGAAGACUUUAAAUGUGAUGCAUAAGGAUACACUGAUAUGACUGAAAAAUUUGAAACAUGUUUCUAUACUUAACCGGGUAACUGUCACUAGCCCAAUUAACCCAUUGUAAACCUUUCUAAUCCUCAUUUUGAAAAGCAAGACUCAAACUUUCAUAUUCGUUUUUUCUUCUUCUUCAGAAUCUCCAUUUAUGACGGAAUGCAAACUAUUCAUGCUUUACAGUCCUAAUAUGGAUCCCCAUAUUUUGUUUUGUAGUAUAUGUUUUGUA